AUGUCAUUUCCAUGGUCAUACUCUGUUCUGGGCCUUGUUCCUGGCCUGAUCCUCACUGUGGCUGUCGCAUUGAUUGUUCUGUACACCUCACUCACGAUAUGGCGACUUUGCCUACGAUAUCCCGAACUACGUGACAUCUGUGACGUUGGUCAAGUCUUGUUCUGGGACUCUAAGUGGGCUUGGUAUGCGACGGCGUUCAUGUUUUUAUUGAACAACACAUUCAUUCAGGGCCUGCAUUGUCUUGUUGGGGCGCAAUUUCUAAACACAAUGUCCGGUCAUGCAAUGUGCACGAUUGCAUUCUCAUUCAUCACAGCGAUUGUUUCUUUCUUUGGGUCUCUCCCCCGAACAUUUCGCGCUCUCGCUCGCUUAGGGGCGGUAUCUGCCUUUUUCACACUCGUCUCGAUCGUGCUAGUCGUGAUUUUCUCGGGAAUCGAAUCCCAUCCAUACAAUUGGAAGUCGGAAAACGCAGCUCCAAUCGUACUGCUUGUACCCGCCAGUGAUACCUCGUUCGUCACAGGCUUGAGUGCGUUUUUGAACAUCAGCUUCACCUUUAUUGGUCAGAUUACCCUCCCUAGUCUGAUUGCCGAGAUGAAGGAUCCUCAGGAGUUCUGGAAGUCCGUGACUGCAGUGACCAUUGCUGAGAUUGUUCUGUUCACGAUUGUCGGUGCAACUGUUUACGCUUUCAUUGGAGGUCAAUACAUCACCUCAAUGGCAAUCUCUUCGCUCGGAGAUGAUCUAUACAUGAAGAUCUCGUUCUCCUUCAUGGUCCCGACUUUGAUCUUUCUUGGCGUCCUUUACGCAUCGGUGUCCGCGCGCUUCAUUUUCUUCCGUGUGUUCGAUAAUACCCGUCACGUCAGCAGUCACACCUUUGUUGGCUGGGCAUCUUGGGCCGGCAUUCUGCUAGUGCUGUGGGUAUUUGCCUGGGUAAUUGCAGAGGUGAUCCCGUUCUUCUCGGAUCUACUGUCGAUCAUGGGGGCCGUGUUCGGAUCGUUUUUCGGUUUCAUUUUCUGGGGCGUAGCAAAUCUCCAUAUGCGCCGUGCUGAUCACGGCUCAGUGAUAUACGAUGGGAUGGGGCUCCUUGGUUGGCUUGAUCUUGUUUUCAACGUGUUCCUGAUCCUUAUAGGGCUCUUCUUCCUUGGUCCCGGUACUUAUGUGUCUGUUAUGUCUAUCCUCGAGAGCUUUGCAACUGGGACUGUUGGAAAUGUAUUUAUCUGUGGAAGCAACGGUCUCAGAUCUUGA